UGAUGCUGCGUGAGCCAAUCAGCGGGCCGGAAUGACUGAUCAGCAGAUGGUGAGGCGAGAGGCCGGGUCCGCCUCAGCCUUACAGAGCCGGCUAAAGGAUUGCGCUCAGAGCGGGGCUGCGCCGAGCGGGGAGACAGCAGGUAACAGUCUGAUUCCGUUUUGAAUGCUUCAAUUGAACCUGCCUUCACCAUACUCUCAGGCAGUAUAUUCCAGACCUUUACUGCUCGUAACCAGCUAAACAGUCAUGUCCGCUAAAGCCAUAUCUGAGCAGACUGGUAAAGACUUCCUUUACAAAUUCAUCUGCACAAAGGCUCCAAUCCAGAACAAGUUCAAAUAUGCUAGACUGCGACAUGAAACCGACUGGGACCUUCUAGUCCAAGAGCACCCCUGGCUACAGACUGAGCGCCUGGUGGUGAAGCCAGAUCAGCUGAUUAAACGUCGUGGGAAGCUGGGCUUGAUUGGAGUUAACCUGGAUUUGAAUGGGGUAAAGGAAUGGUUAAAGCCACGACUAGGACAGGAAACGACGGUUGGACGGGCAAAGGGUGUUCUGAAAAACUUCCUGAUUGAGCCAUUUGUACCUCACCAACAGGAAGAAGAGUUCUACGUAUGCAUCUAUGCUGCUCGGGAAGGCGACUACGUGUUGUUUCAUCAUGAGGGUGGGAUUGAUGUUGGUGAUGUUGACUCUAAAGCCUGCAAAUUCCUGGUGGAAGUUGACAGAAAGCUGAGUGAGCAGGAUGUUAGUAGCCACCUGCUGCAUCAUGUGCCUGAAAACAGGAAAAGCAUUUUGGCCUCUUUCAUUGUUGGACUCUUCACACUGUACGAAGAACUGUACUUCACCUACCUCGAGAUUAAUCCAUUAGUUAUGACCGAUGCUGGUGUGUUCGUCCUUGAUAUGGCAGCAAAGAUAGAUGCCACAGCUGACUACAUCUGUAAGAGUAAAUGGGGAGAUGUGGAUUUCCCACCACCGUUUGGGAGAGAAGCUUACCCUGAGGAAGCUUAUAUUGCUGAUCUUGAUGCAAAGAGUGGAGCCAGUCUGAAGCUGACUAUCCUCAACCCUAAGGGCAGGAUCUGGACAAUGGUGGCUGGAGGAGGUGCCUCUGUUGUGUACAGUGACACAAUCUGUGACCUUGGAGGAGUGAACGAGUUGGCAAAUUAUGGCGAGUACUCUGGUGCCCCCAGCGAGCAGCAGACGUAUGACUAUGCUAAGACCAUUCUGUCUCUAAUGACCAGAGAGCAACAUCCAGAAGGAAAAAUCCUCAUUAUUGGAGGCAGCAUCGCUAACUUCACGAACGUAGCAGCAACGUUUAAGGGCAUAGUACGUGCAAUCAAGGACUACCAAACCCCAUUGCAGAACCAUAACGUCUCUAUUUUCGUCAGAAGAGGUGGACCCAAUUACCAAGAGGGUCUCCGUGUCAUGGGUGAAGUUGGGAAGACAACUGGAAUUCCAAUCUAUGUUUUUGGAACAGAAACGCACAUGACUGCAAUUGUGGGAAUGGCACUUGGUCACCGGACCAUCCCUGACCAGCCACCAAUGGCUGUCCACACUGCUAACUUCCUGCUAAAUGCAAGCGGCAGUCCCUCAACCCCAGCCCCAAGUAGAACUGCUUCUUUUUCUGAUUCAAAGUCUGAGGAUACCAACAGAGCAUCAAUAUGCGUGAAGCACAGCAUUCCACAGGAAGGAAGGGCAAGGCAAGAAAAGAAAAGAGGUAAAGCCACCACCCUCUUCAGCCGCCACACAAAGUCCAUUAUUUGGGGAAUGCAGACACGAGCUGUGCAGGGAAUGCUGGACUUUGACUACGUCUGUUCACGGGAUGAACCAUCUGUCGCAGCCAUGGUUUACCCAUUCACUGGUGAUCACAAGCAAAAAUUCUACUGGGGCCACAAGGAAAUUCUCAUUCCUGUCUAUAAGAACAUGGCAGAUGCCCUGAAGAAGCACCCAGAAGUGGAUGUUCUUAUUAACUUUGCCUCAUUACGCUCAGCAUAUGACAGUACUGUGGAAACCAUGAGCUUCUCCCAGAUCCGGACAAUUGCCAUCAUUGCUGAAGGAAUCCCUGAAGCAUUGACCCGUAGAUUAAUCAAGAUGGCGGAUGAGAAAGGUGUCACCAUCAUUGGGCCAGCUACAGUGGGUGGCAUUAAGCCAGGCUGCUAUAAGAUUGGGAACACUGGUGGAAUGCUGGAUAACAUCCUGGCCUCCAAGCUGUACCGUCCUGGCAGCGUGGCGUAUGUCUCGCGCUCUGGUGGAAUGUCUAAUGAGCUCAACAACAUUAUCUCCAGAACCACCGAUGGUGUUUAUGAAGGGGUUGCUAUCGGUGGAGAUCGGUACCCAGGAUCUACAUUCAUGGACCAUGUCUUGCGUUACCAGGACACACCAGGAGUUAAGAUGAUUGUUGUCCUUGGAGAGAUCGGUGGAACUGAGGAGUACAAGAUCUGCUCAGGCAUUAAGGAAGGACGAAUUACAAAGCCUGUUGUCAUCUGGUGCAUUGGGACUUGUGCAACUAUGUUUGCCUCUGAGGUGCAAUUUGGCCACGCUGGUGCCUGUGCUAAUGAAAAUUCUGAAACAGCGGUAGCCAAGAACCAGGCCCUGAGAGAGAUUGGGGCCAUCGUGCCAAGGAACUUUGAUGAGCUGGGAGAGAUCAUCAAGACUGUUUAUGAUGACCUUGUUGCUAAAAACGUGAUCAUACCUGCACAAGAAGUUCCUCCUCCAACAGUGCCAAUGGACUAUUCCUGGGCAAGGGAGUUAGGUCUAAUCCGAAAACCAGCUUCCUUCAUGACCAGUAUCUGUGACGAGAGGGGUCAAGAGCUCAUUUAUGCCGGAAUGCCCAUCACUGAAAUCUUCAAGGAGGACAUGGGCCUAGGAGGUGUCCUGGGCUUGCUCUGGUUCCAGAGGAGGUUGCCAAAACAUGCAUGCCAUUUUAUCGAGAUGUGCCUGAUGGUAACAGCAGACCAUGGUCCAGCUGUCUCUGGAGCUCACAACACCAUUGUCUGUGCCCGAGCAGGAAAAGACCUCAUCUCCAGCCUCACAUCUGGCCUCCUCACUAUUGGGGAUCGAUUUGGAGGUGCUUUAGAUGCAGCUGCCAAGCAGUUCAGCAAAGCCUUUGACAGCAGCCUCAUUGCGAUGGACUUUGUCAAUAAGAUGAAAAAAGAAGGGAAGCUGAUCAUGGGAAUUGGACACAGGGUGAAGUCGAUCAAUAAUCCAGACAUGAGGGUGCAGAUCCUAAAAGAUUUUGUGAAGCAGAAUUUUCCAGCUACUCCCCUCCUUGAUUAUGCACUAGAAGUGGAGAAGAUUACUACCUCCAAGAAACCAAAUCUUAUCCUGAAUGUUGAUGGUUUUAUUGGUGUUGCCAUGGUUGACUUGCUAAGAAACUGUGGUGCUUUUACAAGGGAGGAAGCUGAUGAGUAUGUGGAGAUUGGUGCUCUGAAUGGAAUCUUUGUUCUCGGACGAAGUAUGGGCUUUAUUGGACACUAUCUGGAUCAGAAGCGUUUGAAGCAAGGACUAUACCGUCACCCGUGGGACGACAUCUCAUAUGUCUUACCAGAACACAUGACCAUGUGAACAUUGGGUUAGCGAGAAAGGGGGUCUCGGUGCAGAAACAUCUCCCUGAUCCCAAUAUUGCCCACCCCAAAAGGUGUUUACAUUGCUUUUCUUCUGUGCACUGAAAUUCUUGGUAGGUGAGGGAGAAGAGAAGAACAGGAAGGGGGAAUGGCAAUCUCACGUCUUGACAAAUUGUACAAAAAAUGUGCUUCAUGAAAUGAUGCAGCUCUUUUUAAUAAAAAAAAACCAAAUACAUGCUGCUGUAUGAGUCCAUUAGGAAGUAGGUGGGACCUGGUGUCAGACUGGGUGUGGGUGCAUGCGUGCAUAAGUCACGCAGUAUUUGAGAAUCUAGUGUAGGAUACAAAGUGAGCAAGGAAUCGGUGUUGUCAGGAGUCCUUUGUCUGCACUGCCAUUGCAGAAUACAGCAGAACCCAAAGUAGAAUCGUUCCUUCAUUUAAAUUAAUUUCAGGAAAAAUAUCCCAAAGGUUUUCUUGUUGCUUUGUGAUAGCAACAUUUCCAUUCAGUGGGCUGAAGCCUAUUCUCAGUUCAAGUGGGUUUUUUUUUUACAAAAUCAGUAAACUGGGAAUUCAGACUCGGGUUUGUAGAAUUCUUAACUGUCUGAAGUAACCAGAGAAGGACAAACAAACUGUGACUAAAGCCAUAGGCAGCUUGCAAACUGUAGUUAUCCACCUGGAGAGACACUGGCAACUCCAUUCACUUGCACUUUUUUUCUCUGCUGAUUUGUCCUGUCUAAUUCUGUUGGGCUGGAGAUUUGGAAGGGCUGUUGGUGCUAUUGCAUCACUGUUGGAUAAGUCCUAAAUCUACAGACUGAGAUGCAUUGUCAGCAGCUUGAUGUUUACAGGUUAAUGGGAUUUAAACUUCAUUGCCUAGAAAUUUCUGUUGAUAUUAGCCAAUGAGUACUUAACAUCUUUGUAUGAUGUUCCUUUGUUCACUAUAUUUUUGCUUAUGUUGCCUUUUUUAUGCAUAUUAACACCUCCACUUGAAACAGUGGACAGUGAAACAUCAUGCAGGUGUUUGUCUGGUAAUGCCAGUCAUGGUUCUCAGGCUUGUACGUAGCUCAAGUGGCCACCAAAGUCAACAUGUUUGACAUUCAUUGGAGCAACGCAAUCAGUCCAACUCAUGUGAUUACUUUCUCUUGCUGGGAUCUGCUGUACAGCUUCAAUGGCAUUUCAUCUGACCACAUUGCUGUGUGUAAAUCCAAAGUAGUAACUGUGCUGAUGUAAGCUUAUUUAAGGGACCAUUUGUACUAAACCGUUGUCUGCUCUGUGUGGUUUCAGAAUUGUAAUUUUAAAAUUAGGAGAUUGGGAAUGAGAUGUAAUUCCUGUUAAGGGAUGAGGGUCAUUAAUCAUUAGAAAUUCAGUCUGUCUUCAAAGGUAAAUCUUUACUGUAACCAUAUGCACUGUCUUAUUGUGUCUUCUGCAACCUCAAGGUACCCAGGCCUGAACCUAUAACCACAAAGUCUAUCUGGUAUCUUAGUAUAAAUUAAAGUAUGUAAUUUAUUGGG